AUGGUGGUACAUCUUGGUGGUCUUGCAGCCGUUGUUUUUUUUUAUGUUCUUAUUUUACUUGUUGGAAUAUGGGCUGGACGAAAACAAAAAUCAUCGGAAAAGUCACCCGAUACAGAAGAGAUUAUGUUAGCAGGAAGGAAUAUUGGUUUACUGGUUGGGAUAUUUACAAUGACAGCAACAUGGGUUGGUGGUGCAUAUAUUAAUGGUACUGCUGAACAAGUUUUUUCUACGGGUCUUCUUGCAUGUCAAGCGCCAUUAGGUUAUGCUAUUAGUUUAGUUGUUGGUGGAUUAUUGUUUGCACGACCAAUGCGUAAUGCAGGAUAUGUUACAAUGCUUGACCCAUUUCAGCGUAAAUAUGGUCAACGAAUGGGUGGAUUAUUAUUUAUACCGGCAUUAUUAGGAGAAGUAUUUUGGUCAGCAGCUAUUCUAUCAGCACUGGGUGCAACAAUUAGUGUUAUUUUUACGGAUGUUUCAACGGUAGCAUCAAUCAUUAUAUCAGCAACUGUGGUUAUUGUUUAUACUCUUUUUGGUGGAUUGUAUUCAGUAGCUUAUACUGAUGUUGUUCAACUUGGAUUUAUUUUUGUUGGUCUUUGGGUAACUAUUCCAUUUGCUAUGAAACAUGAAGGCGUCGGUAGUAUUGUUGCUACGUGGCCUGAAUGGCGUGGACGUAUAGAAAAAUCUCAAAUAGUUGAAUGGAUUGAUAGUAUGUUAUUAUUAAUUUUUGGCGGAAUACCAUGGCAGGUCUAUUUUCAGCGCGUUCUCUCAGCUAGAUCAGCUAAGAAAGCAAUGUAUCUUUCAUUUUAUGCUGCUGUUGGUUGUAUCAUAUUGGCAAUACCGCCUGUACUAAUUGGAGCUAUUGCUAAAUCUACUAGUCUGUCUAGAUUUUAUACUGGUUCAACUUAUAUUUAUACAUCUAUUCUAUUUGUUUUAGAUUGGACUAUGACAGAUUACGAUAUAAAUAAAGAUAUAACAGCACCUGAAGCAACGAAACUAAUUUUGCCAUUAGUUCUUUUACAUUUAUGCCCAAAAUUUAUUGCAUUUAUUGGAUUAGGCGCUGUAUCUGCUGCAGUUAUGUCAAGUGCUGAUUCGAGUGUACUUAGUGCUAGUUCUAUGUUUGCUCGAAAUGUCUGGAAACUUGUUUUUCGUGAUCAAGCAUCUGAACGAGAAGUUUUACUAGUAAUGCGUAUUGGAAUACUUCUGGUUGGAAUAGGAGCUGCUGGCAUUGGCAUUCUUGUAUCUUCAAUUUAUAUCCUUUGGUAUUUAUGUUCAGAUCUUGUUUAUGUCAUACUGUUUCCACAAUUACUUUGUGUUGUUUAUGUUCCACAUUCAAAUACAUAUGGUUCAUUAGCAGCAUAUAUAACAGGUUUUCUUUUUCGUAUUCUUAUUGGUGAAUCAUCAUUAGGAAUUCCAAAAUUCAUUAAUUUUGGUCCAUAUAUUCCACCGAAAACUUUAUGUAUGCUUAUAAGUCUUGGAACAACAUUAAUUAUUUCUCAAAUAGCUAAAAGUCUUUUUGAAAAACGUACUUUACCACCAAAAUAUGAUAUAUUUCAUUGUCUUGUUGAUAUACCAAAUGAAACUUUACCAUUAAAAGAAAGUUCAACAACAGAUGAAUUACAGUAUAAAGUUAUUAAACCAACAACAGGACAACAAUAUUUAACUGAACCAACAAUGAUGAUUAAUAAUUCUUUUUCACAAAGUCAAGAAAUUUUAAAUUCAUAUGGAAAAGAUUAA